AAUCCAAAAAUGUAACAAAGGCCCAAUGAACUAAUAUAAAACGAGAGUAACCCUAGCCCAGGGUUACUCUUUCUCUCUAUCAUCUCCGCUUGCUCAACAAUGGCGACGGCGAAGACUGUGAAAGACGUUUCUCCUCACGAAUUCGUGAAGGCCUACGCCGCCCAUCUCAAAAGAUCCGGAAAGGUUGAACUACCUCCCUGGACUGAUAUAGUUAAAACUGCAAGAUUCAAAGAAUUAGCACCUUAUGAUGCUGAUUGGUAUUAUCUGAGAGCUGCGAGCAUGGCUAGGAAAAUAUACUUGAGGGGUGGACUUGGUGUGGGGGCUUUUAAGCGGAUUUAUGGUGGAAGCAAGAGGAAUGGGAGUCGCCCUCCACAUUUCUGUGAAAGCAGUGGUGCUAUCGCUCGCCAUAUUUUACAACAGUUGCAGGAAAUGAACAUUGUUGAUGUUGAUCCUAAGGGUGGUAGGAGAAUCACUUCGAGCGGUCGACGGGAUCUUGACCAAGUUGCCGGUCGGAUCGUUGUUGCUCCUUGAUUGAUGAAGAGAGAUUUGUGUGUUUGUUGAUGAGAUACCACCGUGAAAAUUUUGGAUAUGAAUGAAGAUAAGCUUACUCUCAUGUUUUCAUGGGUUUUGGAUAGUUUAAAAGUUCAAUUUCAUUUCCUUAGUCAAUUAUUUAUGAGUUCUUAGGAUGAAAUAUGUUUUUUUUCUUCAAUGCUAUCAGCAGUGGCGUGGUUGAUGCUUAGAAACGGACCUUUUGUAGUAAUUUUUUGACAUAUCAUAUCAAUUAUCAAUAGAGUUUGCUGUUUGCUGCCUA